AUGUUGCGCCGCCGCACGGGCAAAGACGACGCCUCGUCCGACGGCAAGAAACGGGACUCCCAGCCACAAACAGAGGAGGAACGCCUUCGCGCGGAGUUUGACGGUGCCAAAGUCAAGCAGCUGGUCGUUCAUCCACAACGUCGAAGCAAACGUCGAAAUGGUUUUAUCUUCAUGCUAGGCGGCCUGUUCGGCAUCUUCAUCGCAGUGUUCUUCGCGAACCAGCAAGAGGUUAUUAGCUUGGAGUCGCUAUUAGAUUUGAACCUCGAUUCUUUGAUCGAUGUCAUUCCACAGGGGAUCAUGCGUGACGCGAGAGAGUUUACGCAACACGAACGCGAUGCUGUCAAUUACGAUUCGUUCGCGAUCGGCCUGCACCUCCGAUCCCAAGGCAUCGAAGCCAAACACCCCGUCGUCAUGAUCCCGGGAGUUAUCUCUACAGGCCUCGAGAGUUGGGGAACUGGAGAUUCCUCACGCCAAUACUUCCGCCGGAGAUUGUGGGGCAGCUGGAGCAUGAUGCGGGCACUGGUUAUGGACAAGGCAGAAUGGAAGAAUCACGUAAUGCUUGAUCGUGAAACUGGCUUGGAUCCACCCGGUAUCAAGCUACGUGCGGCACAGGGUUUCGAUGCGACCGAUUUCUUUAUCACGGGAUACUGGAUCUGGAAUAAGAUCCUGGAAAACCUGGCGACAAUUGGAUAUGAUCCAACAAAUGCUUUCACAGCUGCAUAUGAUUGGCGACUUUCAUACCCGAACCUGGAGGUUCGCGAUAAGUACUUCAGCCGACUCAAGUCCUACAUUGAAACUGCAGUGCUGGUGCAAGGCGAGAAGAUCACUUUGACUUCGCACAGUAUGGGAUCACAGGUCGUAUUAUACUUCUUUAAGUGGGUGGAAAGCGAAGAUCAUGGGAAGGGCGGUAAGGACUGGGUCAACAAGCACAUCGAUUCCUGGAUUAACAUCAGUGGGUGUAUGCUUGGCGCCGUCAAAGGCUUGACAGCCGUGCUUUCGGGAGAAAUGCGCGACACGGCGCAACUAAAUGCCUUUGCCGUAUAUGGACUUGAAAAAUUCCUGUCCAAAGAAGAGCGAGCUGAAAUCUUCCGCGCUAUGCCAGGUAUUUCCAGCAUGUUGCCCAAGGGCGGCGAAGCCGUAUGGGGCAACGCGACCUGGGCACCGGAUGACCAACCGGGCCAGGCAACGAGUUUUGGCAACUUGCUGAACUUCCGCGAGACCAACUCAUCUUGGACGAAGCGCAACCUUACUGCGCCCGAGAGUUUGGAUUAUCUACUGGAUCAAAGCGAAGACUGGUACCGUAAGCAGGUUCUAGGGAGCUACUCGCACGGUGUCGCACACACCGCAGCCGAAGUCGAGGCCAAUGAGAAAGACCCGCGCACAUGGCUUAACCCGCUUGAAACUCGUUUGCCCUAUGCUCCAGACAUGAAGAUAUACUGCUUCUACGGCGUGGGCAAGCCCACCGAGCGCAGCUACUGGUACCAGGAGGAGCCCGACCCGCUCGUCAACCUCAAUGUCAGCAUUGAUACCACCGUCACCAUAGAUGAAAAGGUUGACCAUGGUGUCAACAUGGGUGAGGGUGAUGGCACAGUGAACUUACUUAGCACGGGCUAUAUGUGUGCCAAGGGCUGGCGCAUGAAACGGUAUAACCCAGCUGGUUCAAAGAUUAAGGUCUUUGAGAUGCCACACGAGCCGGACCGCUUUUCACCUCGCGGAGGACCUAAUACGGGUGAUCACGUUGAUAUUCUUGGUCGGGCCUCAUUGAAUGACCUUAUCCUCCGUGUAGCCGGUGGCAAAGGAGAUGAUAUUGAGGAGACCUUUGUGUCUAACAUCCGCGAGUAUGCGGAACGUGUACAGAUCUUUGACGAUAAAUAG